AUGUCAACAACACAAAUUGUGCAACAGCCACCACCACCACCACCCAUACAACUAACCCAACAAUCAUUCACAACCCAUUCGGGUCAUGGGUCAGUCGGACCCGUCAUAGCGGUUCUUGCAGUCAUCACUGUUUUGGGUGUCAUUGCGGGUAUGAUUGGUAGGCUUUGUUCGGGCCGCCGGGUUAUGGGUUAUGGCCAAUACGACAUUGAAUCAUGGGUUGAAACCAAAUGCUCCUCUUGUGUCGGCGGCAGAAUUGCACCUCCUCCUCCACCUCCUCCGGAGACUGAACUCGAUGCCGGCGAUAAUUCUCCGCCGGUGGAAGAUUCUCAUCAAGAGAUAAAAGAAGAUCAACAAUCAAGGCAAAGCUCUUUUGGUCAUAGUAGUAGUUAA